UCACCCGCUUCGAUUGCUGAAUCUGUUCAGGGAUCACUAUGUGUGAACCAACGUAAUUAUGAAGAAUCGUACGUAGACAAUCCUGAUGGCGAUGAUCAACUGGACCUUCUGAUUCUUGGAGUUCACGACCGUAAUCGAGCAUUGCAUGGCGAUGUGGUGAUUGUGCGCAUUAAAGAGCGCAUGAACUGGGUGAUCCGCGAGAACCUCUACCAGGCAUGGCGCGCUGGUCAUCUGAACGUCUCCCGCGAGGAUAAUGGUCAGCCGAUAACAAUUCCGCCGGUGGCAGCACCGAAAUCCGAUGAUCUCGUUGAGGACUGGCCUGAUCCUCAUAUAAGGAAAGCGAAUCUGAAUCUCACCAUCCCUCCGAAUAAAGAUCGAAAAUACAGCCGACAAGCGAUGGUCAUCAUUGGAGCUCAGAGCGGUGGAUGUCCUGAUAAUUUGAAAGAGUCAAGGAUCUGGAAAAGCGGAAUCGAAAUACGAUUGAACAGACCAUACUGA